CCUCACAGACAGCGCGUCGAGCUACACCCUUGCAGCAGGUGCGUAAGCGCGGCUCCGAGCCGAGCGUGACCAUUGAGGCAGAACGCGCCGCCGAUAAAAACGGCGCCAACCUUUGCUCGAACCUUUACUCAUCGUUUGGUCUACGCGUGGUGAAGAUGUUGCCGCCGACGACGACGACGGUGCAGCACGUGCUUUUCGCCGUUCUAUCGCUAGCUGCUAUCGGUACCGCACCGGUCCGCGCUUACAACAAUGCAUCUUCUGCGAUCGUUAGUGAAUUCCCGGAGUACGCGAAAUAUCCACCGAAGCCACUCGUUUGUAUUGCCAAUGGUUGCCUAAUAGGAACCGACAAGAACGGGCUCGAGAAUGCCCAAUUUGAGGCGUUCUUUGGGAUCCCGUACGCUAAGCCUCCACUGGGGAAGCUUAGGUUCAAAAAUCCAGUGCCAGCGGAACCAUGGAACGGGAACUACGAUGCAACGUACGAGCGCAGCAAAUGUAUCCAGAAGAACGACGCCCGGCCGCAUUCGCUAGUGGAGGGUAGUGAGGACUGCUUGUAUCUGAAUUUGUACAGACCUAAGUACAUCACCGACCCACUGCCAGUCAUCUUCUACAUCCACGGAGGAAGCUAUGCAUCUGGAUCAGCUUCAUUCACUGAGUUUGGUCCCGAACGGUUGAUGGACACCAGCAAAGUGAUCGUCGUGGUCAUCCAGUACCGUUUGGGAGUGUUUGGAUUCCUGUCCACUGAUGAUAGCUGCUCGCCGGGCAAUUACGGGCUCAAGGAUCAAAGCAUGGCACUACGCUGGGUUCAGAACAACAUCCAGAACUUUGGAGGCGAUCCAAAGCGGGUUUUGCUGGUAGGUCAAAGCGCCGGCGCCGCUGCAGUCCAGAUGCACAUGAUGUCUCCGUUGAGUCGAGGAACUUUCUCGAAAGCAGUCAGCAUGAGCGGAUCGGUACAUGCCUAUUGGAACUACAACAUUGACCAAGCCAGGGUGGCCAGGCGGCAGGCUGCUGUCAUCGGAAUACCCAAUCCGUACAAGAUAUCCACGGACAAAUUGGUAGAAGCUCUACGCUGGGUCGAUGCAUAUGAGUUGGGUAGAAGUAUCGAUCGCCUGAAGUAUUUCUAUGUGCAUCCAACUGGACUUUUCCAACCGGUCGCUGAGCAGUACGUUACAAAGGAAACGUUCCUAUCCGAAGAACCGCGGAAUCUUUGGGCAGCCGGCAAGUAUGAACAGAUUCCAUGGGUCACCGGAUUUUUACCCAACGAUGGAGCCGCAGAUUCGUUGGGAAUCAUCACAAAUGUGACCCUGUUGGAACAACUCAACCAGAAGUCUCGACGGUUUAUUCCUCGACUCGCUGGUGGAGAUGCGCAUAACAAAAGUACGCAGAUGUUGAAGGAACGCUAUUUUAGCGACGGAACCGAUGAAAACUGGUUAACCAGAGAUAAUUACUUGAAUCUCCAAGCUCUCCUAACAGAAUCAACCAUCACAUACGGUAUUGCAAUGAGCGUGAAACAGCACCAGGCUUUGAAAAACGCAAAGAAGGCGCCAAUCAGCGUUUAUUAUUUCAACUUCCACGGACGCUAUUCCAAUUCAUACGCCUAUACAUACACGGGAACCGACUUUGGAGUGUGUCAUUCCGAUGAGUUGCUGUACCUGUUCCGCAACAGCGCGCUGGUUCCGGACUACCAAGCCGGAUCGCCUGAGCUGAUAAUGGCCAAGGGUUUGGUCGAUUACUUCGUUAAGCUGGCUUAUGAUGGGAUAUCGGGGCCAUAUUGUAAGCAGAACGAUUGUCAGUUGUUGGAGUUUACCAAUUCGGACAAUCCGAAGGCACCGGUUGAGUUGAAUCUGGUCAACGGGUUCGACGAGGAAAUGUUCAAAUUUUGGCGGGAGUAUUAUCGAUUGCAAGGGAUAUGAAUACUCGCAUAGGCGUAAGUAACUGUUUUUGUUGUAAAUAUAUGAAUAAGUUCAAAAACUGUAAUUUUACG